AGUUGACGCCAUUUUUUUCCAGCUUCUCUCUCUCUCCAAUGUAUUGACGAAACAAACCCAUCAAACGCUCGAAUACGUUUUCUAAGCUACGCGUCCUUGCUUCUCCUCCUAAACCCUAACUUUCUCUCCCUUUCUCUUUUAGCUUCUCUCUCUCUGCUCAAUUUUUCUCACCUCAUCGUCAAUUCCCUAAUAGAUCCUCCAUGGACGAUGCUCAUAAUCCCGAUCCGGGAGGCAACUUUGCCACCGACUCCAACUGGAAUCUCGGCUCUGAUUCUGAUACAGUCAAUUAUUUAUUCACUAGCGACAGAGAGAGCAGUAUACUCGGUGAAUUCGGAUGGAAUCUUCACUCUGCUCGCACUUCCAGUGAGUCGGACCGGUUUGGUGGCCUCGACCGGAUCGAUUCUGAAAACGUUGGGUUUGCAUCUGAGAGCAGUAGGUUUCAAGGAUCGGUAAGUUGUGGUGGUGAGGCUUGUACGGUCGGGUCUGGGAGCGGUGGUGGUGCUGGUGUUGGCGAUGUGUCUACUUCUAAUCCGUCAGUCUCUUCGAGCUCCAGCGAGGAUCCGCCCGAAAAGGCUACGAGCUCCGGCGGGAAACUGGCUGAGAUACCGAGCAAAGCUAGAAAGAAGGGGCAAAAACGAAUCCGGCAGCCGCGUUUUGCAUUUAUGACUAAGAGUGAAGUUGAUCAUCUUGAGGAUGGUUACCGUUGGCGGAAAUAUGGACAGAAAGCAGUUAAAAAUAGCCCAUUUCCCAGGAGCUACUAUCGUUGCACAAAUAGUAAAUGUACCGUGAAAAAGAGGGUUGAACGGUCUUCUGAAGAUCCCACCAUUGUUAUUACUACAUAUGAAGGCCAACACUGCCACCAUACUGUUGGUUUCCCCCGAGGUGGAAUCAUUGGCCAUGAGUCUACAUUUGUCAACCACUUGACUUCCCCAGUUUCGCAAUUUUAUUAUCCUGGAAUUCUGUUAUCCCGAGAAGGCCCUCUAAAUAUUACACAGUCGCAACAAGUACCCGUUCAAACCGUUGAAUCCAGUACAUUGAGAGAGCCAACCCCACAGAUUCCAGUAGAUGAAGGACUGCUUGGGGACAUUGUCCCCCCUGGAAUGCGUAAUAGAUGAGGUAAAUGGUGUACAUCACUUGCCUAAUUUUAAUUAGUAACUGUGGCUCCUUAGAAGUCGUAAUACUGGUGCAGACACAGCAUGUGUGUAUUUGAGAGAUGGGAUAAAUCAAUAUAUAUUUGCAUUCACAGUGCACUAAUUCCUAUGAGAUGACCAUCAUUAUGUCAUAGCGUUAAUUCAGUAUGACUGAAUGUAUUUUGAACAUGUAAUAGAAGGGUAAUUCAUGAAUUUUGUUAGCUGAUAGUAGACUUUUAAGUGGAUUUCCUUCAUAUUUUUUCUCUUCUUU